AUGGCUCCCACUCUUCCUCCCGAUCGUCGCCCCGUCGUUAUCUCUGGCCCCUCUGGCGUCGGCAAGGGCACCCUCUUCAAGCUCCUCUUCGAGAGACACCCCGACACUUUUACUCUUUCCGUGUCGCAUACCACCCGCGGCCCUAGACCCGGCGAGAAGGAUGGCGUCGACUACCACUAUGUCACCAAGGAAGCUUUCGAAGAGCUGAAGGCCAAGGGCGGUUUCGUCGAGAGGUACAACAACAACAAUCAGCAACGCUCCCGUGCGCAGUUCGGCAGCAACUUCUACGGAACCAGCAAGGCCACCAUCGAGGAGCAGUCCGCCAAGGGCAAGGUUGUCGUUCUCGACAUCGAGAUGGAGGGUGUCAAGCAGAUCCAGGCCUCUGGCUUCCCCGCCCGCUACGUCUUCAUCGCUCCCCCAUCAGAGGAGGAGCUCGAAAAGAGACUCCGCGGCCGCGGUACUGAUAAGGAGGAGGAUAUUCUCAAGAGACUGGCUCAGGCCAAGAACGAGCUCGCUUUCAGCAAGACCGGUGUCCAUGAUAAGAUCAUCGUCAACGAGGAUCUCGAGACGGCCUACAAGGAGCUCGAGGAGUUCGUCUAUGCGCCGGUCGCCUGA